AUGAGACACCCAGUAGCCCUCCUCUCGGUGGCCCUGGCCGCUCUCCUGGCCCUGGGGACCGGGGCGCCUGUCCAGCGGCAAGACUCCCGGAACAAGCUGCUUCUCGUGUCCUUCGAUGGCUUCCGCUGGGACUACGACCAGGACGUGGACACCCCCAACCUGGACGCCAUGGCUCAGGACGGGGUGAAAGCUCGGUACAUGACGCCCGCCUUCGUCACGCUGACCAGCCCCUGCCACUUCACGCUGGUCACUGGCAGGUACAUCGAGAACCACGGCGUGGUGCACAACAUGUUCUACAACACCACCAGCAAGGUGAAGCUGCCCUACCACGCCACGCUGGGCAUCCAGCGGUGGUGGGACAACGGCACGGUGCCCAUCUGGAUCACCGCCCAGAGGCAGGGCUUAAAGACCGGCUCCUUCUUCUACCCCGGGGGGAACGUCACCUACCAAGGGGAGGCUGUGACGCUGAGCCGGAAGGAAGGCGUCCUGCAUGACUACAAGAACGAGCAGGAGUGGAGGGCCAACAUCGACACCGUGAUGCGCUGGUUCACCACGGAGGACCUGGACCUGGUCACGCUCUACUUCGGGGAGCCGGACUCCACGGGCCACAGGUACGGCCCCGAGUCGCAGGAGAGGAAGGCGAUGGUGCAGCAGGUGGACAGGACCGUGGGCUACCUCCGCGCCAGCAUCGAGAGCCACGGCCUCACGCACAGCCUCAACCUGAUCAUCACGUCCGACCACGGCAUGACCACCGUCAACAAGCAAGCCAGCGACCUGAUCGAGUUCCACAAGUUCCCCAACUUCACCUUCCAGGACAUCGCGUUCGAGCUGCUGGACUAUGGGCCGAGCGGCAUGCUGCUCCCCAAGGAGGGCGCGCUGGAGAGGGUGUAUGACGCCCUGAAGGACGCGCACCCCAGGCUCCAUGUCUACAAGAAGGAGGAGUUCCCCAAGUCCUUCCACUAUGCCAGCCACCCCAGGAUCACGCCCCUGCUCAUGUACAGUGACCCUGGCUACGUCAUCCACGGGAGAAUCAACGUCCAGUUCAAUAACGGGGAGCACGGCUUCGACAACGGAGUCAUGGACAUGAAGACCAUCUUCCGGGCCGUGGGCCCCAGCUUCAAGGUGGGCCUGGAGACGGAGCCCUUCGAGAGCGUCGAGGUGUACGAGCUGAUGUGCCGGCUGCUGGGCAUCGUGCCCGAGCCCAACGACGGGCACCCCGACACCCUGCUGCCCAUGCUCCACUCAUCCUCUUCCAGGCCCCCACCCCCAUUGGCAGCGAGGGGCCGGUCUGCACGUCUCCCGAGUGGCCGGCCCUCCCUGGUGAUGGGACUGCUGGGGGCUGUGGUUCUGCUGGCCAAGAUCGCGUAG